AUGGGCUGGGGCGGCUGGGGAAAAGAGGGCGGCUGGGGCAAAGGAGGUGAGAAGGGCGGCAAAGGCGGCUGGUCCCCAUGGCAGCCCAUGUUCAUGAAGUGGGGCAUGAAGGGCAAAGGCUGGGGGAAGGGCAGCAAGGGCCUGAAGGUGGAUCCAGCCUUGAAAUGUUGGAUCGGCAACCUGCCCGAGGGCACCUCGUGGAAAGCCUUGCAGGAGCAUAUGAACCAGGCAGGCAAGACCACGUGGGUGGAGUGCUUCAGUGGUAAAGGCGCCGGCACUGGAGGCGUCUCCUACGCCACCGCCGAAGAGGCGGCGAAUGCCAUCACCAUGCUCAAUGGGAGCCUCUUGAAUGGCCAAGCGAUCAUGGUAGAUGUAUGGGUGAAGCAGACGGAUGCACCCGCCUCCUAG